AUGUAUUCUUCUAACGAUCCAAAUAAUUCCCUUGCAUAUCAUAAUGGCCGAGUAUACACAAUCAAUCCCGACCAACCGUGGGCAGACGCAUUCAUUGUGUCGGCUACAGGUUUUAUCGAGGCAAUAGGAUCUGAAGAAGAAAUUCUUAAGAUUUCUAGCUCAAGAGGUCUGGUCCGCUACGACCUCGCCCAGAAAUUUGUGAUGCCUGGUAUUCACGAUGCGCACACUCACCUUUUGAUAGCCAGCAUGCAAGCAUUGAAUGAAUCAUCGAUCGGGUUUGAUUCUGGGGCAGAUACUAUCGCCGAGAGACUCAAAGAUGGUGUCUGUGUCUGUGCAUAUCACAACGUUGCUGGCGACUGGGUGAUUGGAAACUUUUACCAAGCAAGCUUCUUUCCUGGGGGUGUGCCUGAUCGGAAGUAUUUGGAUGAGAAGUACCCGAAUACGCCGAUCCUAGUACGCGAGGUAUCCUGUCACCGCAUUCUGCUGAAUACAGCUGGACUGCGAAAGGUCAAAAUUGAUCCAGUCAACGCAGUUGACCCUCCAGGGGGUUUUUACAUUCGUCGAUCGGAUGGGAGCCUUACUGGAGAGAUUGCGGAGAAUGCCAUGAGUCAAGUCUUUUCCAAACUUCCCAUCGCACCACUUUCGCACGCUAAGAGGGCCUUGCAAUUUGGCAUGCGUAUGUGUCAUCGAUAUGGCAUUACAUCUUGUCAAGAGGCAUCGGCGAAUUCUCUAUAUCUUUAUUCCCUAAGUGAAUUAGAGCAAGAGAAUCGCCUCGAUUUGGAUGUAUAUACACACAUCGUCUGCGCUCCUGAGACAUUCGCCAUGGAGCCCAGUCAGAGCUUGGCAGCUUUAUUAGAUGUUGCAGAAGAAUUUCGCAGCAAGCAUGUGCAUACAAACUUCGUGAAGUUCUGGCUUGAUGGGGCUCCAUUGCCACCAGAGUUCACACAAUGCGAUUUGGAUGCGCAAGGGCGUCCGGAAAAGCACAACAUGGUCAUUGGGUGGGACUUUCUUGAGGAAGCAGUUCUGAAAUACGACGCCCAGGGUAUGACAUGUAAGCUUCAUGUAGCUGGCGAGGGAUCAGCUCGGGGUGCGUUGGACGUUUUGGAGAAAGUGCGGCGUAUCAACCCCAAAGGGCCCAGACAUGAACUGGCACAUUGCAGUGCAGUACACCCGGAUGAUAUUGCUCGUUUUUCUGUAAUCGGAAUCACGGCCGAGAUGUCACCGGCCAUCUUUCACGAGCCUGUGGUCAAUGAGAUCCCACAUCUUUUGAAAUGGCCAUUCAACGAGGUUCUGGAAACUGGAGCCCAGAUGACGAUUGGAUCUGACUGGCUCCUACCGGAGACCCCCAGUUUAUUUGACGCGCUGGCUGCGAUCGUUGAAAGGGUGGAGUUCUUCCCUGGUGGCCGGCAAAGCACCGCCCUAUCACAAGGAAAGAGCAAAAAGGAACGAGGAGGUGAGAUUAUAUGCCAAAUCAUCACCCUUAGUGGUGCUCAAGCGGUAGGAGCUGAAAAUAAGACUGGGAGCCUUGAAGUGGGAAAAACUGCCAAUUUCAUCGCUGUGGAUCGAGAUCUUAGUAAGGGUGAGUUCGCAGGAGCAACUGUUUUGAAGACUUGGUUUGAGGGGCGCAUGGUAUAUGAUUUCAAUGUUUCAGGAAAUGGGGUAAUGAUAUCCGGUGCUGACAGCAAAUUGUGA